AUGAAUCGUGAUCUCCGACACUUCUCUCUCAAUCCCACCAACAUGCGUAUUUGGGUCCUCUUCAUCGAUAUCAAAGACGGUGUCAAGGAGUCAGUGAACCUCGAGGUAAACUUUGUCGACGAAACAGUCUACCAAGAAACAUAUAAGAGAGUGCUCGUCUACAAGCCACUAGAACCCACAGAACUGGUACCAAAUGACGACCUCGAUUCAUUGUUCAGCUCCGUGGAGGACCUCAAGGCCAAGUGUUGUGCAUACACCAUAGCCGACACGCUCAGGGACAUCUAUAAUGACAUCGACGAUAUCGCACAAAUACCCAGGAAUAUCUACCCUUUGGUCUUCACAUGUUCGUUCGCCUGA